AUGUCAUACGGAGGAGGACGUGGAGGACGUGGAGGAGGAAGGGGAGGAGGGUUUGGUGGACGCGGGGGAGGUCGUGGAGGAUUCCAAAGACAGGACUUCGGCCCUCCCGAUACCGUCCUCGAGAUGGGCACCUUCGUGCACGCCGUCGAAGACGAAAUGCUCUGCACAUCCCUAAUGCCCGACAAAGUCCCCUACUUCAACGCGCCCAUCUACCUCCAAAACAAAUCCGUCAUCGGAAAGGUGGACGAGAUCCUCGGCCCCAUCAACGAGGUCUACUUCUCCGUCAAGAUGGGCGAGGGCAUGGUCGCGAGCAGCUUCAAGAAGGGCGACAAGGUCUAUAUCGGCGGGGACAAGCUGUUGCCUAUCGAGAGGUUUUUGCCGAAGCCGAAGGUUGUGGGCGGUGUUAAAAAGCGCGGACGCGGCGGCGCAGGUGGUGCACGCGGCCGCGGCGCACCAGGCGGUCGCGGCGGCUUCGGUGGUGGCCGUGGAGGCAGCCGUGGCGGUUUCUCUCGCGGUGGAGGCCGCGGUGGAUUCGGCGGAGAUCGGGGUCGCGGUGGAGGCGGUCGCGGUGGGGGCUUCUCAAGAGGCGGCGGACGCGGCGGCGGAGACCGUGGUUACCGCGGACGGGGCAGGGGCGCAUAG